AGUACAUCACGUCAACAUUAAGCAACUUCCGCGUUGAGAUGUCGUAUGACAAGAAAUGAAUUUGCCAUAAUAGAAGCUUUAAUAACACGUAGCGUAAUCUUGGGCUUGUUGGACACUUAGAGAAGCCCGUGAAUAUUCAAGGUUCAAAAUGGCAAGCCGAGUAACCUCAGAUUCUCCUAAUUCUGAUGCCUCCGGCUCGGCGAGUCAAGAUCAUGAAAAAGAGGACAGUAAAAAUUUCGAGUGCAAUAUAUGUUUGGACACAGCAAGAGAUGCAGUCGUCAGUAUGUGUGGACAUUUAUUUUGUUGGCCUUGCCUCCAUCAGUGGUUAGAAACCAGACCUACCCGGCAAGUGUGCCCUGUUUGUAAAGCUGGAAUAAGUAAAGAUAAAGUGAUUCCUUUAUAUGGCAGAGGAAGUACAGAUCAACAGGACCCCAGAGAAAAGUUACCACCAAGGCCGCCUGGGCAGAGAGCUGAACCAGAAAAUACGGGGCCAUUUCCCGGGUUUGGCUUUGGUGAUGGCGGCUUUCAGAUGUCUUUUGGAAUUGGAGCUUUUCCUUUCACAUUUUUUGCAUCCACAUUUAAUUUUGGAAAUGAUGGCAGACCUGCACCCCCACAAGCUGGUUCACCGCAGCAUGCAGAUGAACAGUUUCUUUCUCAAGUGUUCCUUUUUAUGGCAGUUUUCUUCAUUAUAUGGCUGAUGCUUGCUUGAUUAAAAUACAAGAGACAUUAUAGUUCCAUAUUUUGAAAUGGAAAGUGUUGUGGUGCAAGUUAAUUAGUAAUAUUGUGACUGAACAAUGUAUUAUGAUAAAUGUGUAAAGGUGGACAUUCCCCCAUGUUAUCUCAGUUGUAACAUUGAAACAUUUUGUUCAUUAUCUGCAAUAACAUUUUGUUUAUAUUAUUACCAAUGAAGGCCCAGCACUGUUCAGCCUUUGACAUUACCAAAUGAUUGAGGUCAUACUUGAGCAUAAAAAUUGUGAUGAUUACAAUACAAAGAUGGGUUCUCUUUUUGUUAAGCAUGCUCAAGAGUAGUUGCUCAGUUUUGUGUAAUCCUUGGGAAGAAUCCACAAAAUAUACCUGAACAAUCCACAAAUGUAGUAGUUGUGAAUCCAAAGCUACACAAUUUAAAUUGUUAGCUAUAGGAAGAUGGUUUAUGUACACAGCCCAUGUGAUUAUUAUUGUUUAAUAUUAUCACUAUUUUUUAUAACACCUACCUUCAAGCACUAUUUUGUCAAAUUCAUUUCAUUGUUGUAUAAUGGUACAUAUCAUAUUAUUAAACAAAUAAAAUAUGAUAACAUA